AAUGAGUUUUCCUGAUUACAUAGAUCAACUUAAUUAUGAUUCAAAUUCAAGUGAUUUGUAAUUCGAACAAGAUGAGUAACCUAUCAAACGGUAAAAUAAUAGCAACAAAAAUAAAAAGUAAAGAUCAAAUACAAAAAAUACAUAUAUAAAUAAGAUAUCUUCCUUAAUUAAGAUUACUAAUUAAGAGUAAUAAUCAGAUGAAAAGUAUUCCAAAAAUCAAUAUUAUUAGAGUUGGCAAAAGACAAUUUUCUAAUAAGAUUUAAAGUCAACUUAUUGUUGGAAAUUCUAAUUGUGAUAAAGAGGACAAGUUAGCAAAAAAUAGAGAAUCAGCAAGAAAUAGUAGAAAAAGAAAGAAAAUUUAUCUAGAACUACUUGAAACUAAAGUUACAAAGUUAUCUGAAUAAUUAGAAAUUUUUAAAAGAGUAAAUGAAUAAACAACAGAGUUAGCUACUAAUUUACAAAAUAAAAUUAAUCAAGUAACAUUAUAUUUAUGUUAGAAACAAGAUUAAGAUUAGAAUAAGAUAAUAUUAUUUUCUAAUUUACAAAAUUCAGUAUAAAGUAAUAUUAAUGAAAUGAAUAUUGAUACAAUAAUAGAGUCUCUUAAUGUAAGUGUUUCUUAUAUAUAAUUUAAGAAAAAAUUUGGAUCAGGAACUUUAGAAAGAUAAUAAUAAAUUGAUCAUUAUGCUCGUUAAAUUUAUGAGAAUUGCUUAUCUCCAUAUUUAAAUUAUAUAAUUGGUGUAGCAAAAACAGAUUAGGAUGUUUUCUCAACAUCUGAGUCUUAAUCUGAACAUGGUGUAUUAAGAAGUUUAAAAUUAACAGAUAAGUAAAAACAAAUUCUUUAGAAAAAAUAAAAAAAAUUACUAAGAUUUUAAAAUGAAUUGACUAAGUAUUUUCUAAUAAUUCAAUUCUUAGUACUCUUUCAUCAUUUCAAGAUAUUAAAAAUUAAGUCUAACUUGAAUUAGGUUCUUAUGGAUAGACUUUAGAAUAAUUAAGGAAAGAAUUGAAACCAAGUCAAGUGGCCAAAUUUUUAUUAUAAAUUGAAAAAAAAGACAUGUAACAUCAAUUCAAGGAUUAAUUUGAGAAAUGUUUUGGUUCAGAACUUGAUGAAGAUGAUUCCUUAGAUCUUUAUUAAUUUAUGGCUGAACAUAAUUAUUGUAAUACACUUGGUAUUGAUAUACAAAAUACAUAUUAAAUUUACAAAUAGUCAAAUGAUUUCUUGAAAGGUAGAAUAGAAGUAGAAGAAUCAUAGUAAGCAUCAACUAAAAUUGAGUGA